AUGGGUACUCAAAAGAAAGAGAAACAAAGAAGAGUGAAACAAAAUGAUACAAGAGAUGGUAAUCUUCGAGUUAAAGGUGAAAACUUUUAUAGAGAUGCUAAAAAGAUUAAACAUUUAAAUAUGUAUAAACAAGGUAGAGCUAUAAGAAAUGCUAAAGGAGAUAUAAUUAAAGCAGCAGAUUUACAAAGUACGGACGCACCAAUAGCAAGAGUUGAUCCAAAUAGAAGAUGGUUUGGUAAUACAAGAGUUAUUGCUCAAGAUGCUUUAACCCAUUUUAGAGAAGCAAUGGGGGAUAAAAAAGAUAAUUCAUAUCAAGUAUUAUUAAAAAGAAAUAAAUUACCAAUGUCAUUAUUAAAUGAAAAAGAUCAAACUGAAAGUCCUACUGCUAAAAUUGUAGAAACUGAAUCUUAUCAAUCAACAUUUGGACCAAAACAACAACGUAAAAAACCAAGAAUUGCACAAUCAUCAUUAGAAGAUAUAAUGAAUAAUGCAGAACAAGAUUCAACUACAUAUAAUGAAAAACAAGAAUUAGAUGCUACUUUAGGAUUAAUGGGUGGGUCUAUAUUGGAUAAAGAUGAUUUCACACAAGAAGCAAAAGAAGCUAUUUUUCAUAAAGGUCAAAGUAAAAGAAUUUGGAAUGAAUUAUAUAAAGUCAUUGAUUCAAGUGAUGUUGUAAUACAUGUAUUGGAUGCAAGAGAUCCUUUGGGGACAAGAUGUGAAAGUGUUGAAAAAUAUAUAAAAGAAGAAUGUUCUCAUAAACAUUUAAUUUAUGUUUUGAAUAAAUGUGAUUUAGUACCAACUUGGGUAGCAGCUGCAUGGGUAAAACAUUUAUCAAAAUCAUAUCCAACCCUCGCGUUUCAUGCAUCAAUAACGAAUUCUUUCGGUAAAGGUUCAUUAAUUCAAUUACUUCGACAAUUUUCAACCCUACAUUCGGAUCGUAAACAAAUAUCAGUUGGUUUUAUAGGUUAUCCAAAUACAGGUAAAUCAUCAAUAAUAAAUACAUUAAGAAAGAAAAAAGUAUGUACAGUUGCUCCAAUCCCAGGUGAAACAAAAGUAUGGCAAUAUAUCACAUUAAUGAAACGUAUAUUUUUAAUUGAUUGUCCAGGUAUAGUCCCACCAUCACAAAAGGAUACAGAAUCAGAUAUUUUAUUUAGAGGAGUAGUUAGAGUUGAACAUGUAUCAAAUCCAGAACAAUAUAUACCAGAAAUGUUACAAAAAUGUGAAAGAAAACAUUUAGAAAGAACUUAUGAAAUAAAAGGUUGGAGUAAAUUUGAAGAACAACCAGAAUUAUUAGAACAAGCAAGUAUUGAAUUUAUUGAAUUAAUUGCAAGGAAACAUGGUAGAUUAUUAAAAGGUGGUGAACCGGAUGAAAGCGGAGUUGCUAAACAGAUUCUUAACGAUUUUAAUAGAGGUAAAAUCCCUUGGUUUGUACCGCCACCUGUGGAUGAAGAAGUAAGAACGGGUGAAGAUAAAAAAGCUGGAUAUAAAAGGAAAAGAGAAGCAAAACAAGAUAAAUUAAUGGAAGAAAAUAAGGAGGUGGAAGAUGGUGAGGAAGUAGAAGAACAGGAAGAGGAAGAAAGUCAAACAACAAAGAAAGCUAAAUUAGACAAGUUAUGA